UGAAUAUUUAAUUAUUUAACAAAAAACCAGAAAAAAAUUAUGAUUCUAUUUGAGAUAUUCUAUUUUUAACUUAUCAAAUCGACUAAAUCCGAAUGUUGCACUAUAAAAACCUACCUACGUACGGUACUGUCAACGUCGACCCAACCUCCCCCUCCACCCUUCUUCCGAAUCCGAAUCAUCCUUGUCAUAUCGCUAAAGUUAUUGCUUAUUUUACGAAUUAUUAAAUUAUUUUAGUUUAUUUUUUAUUAAUUUAUAGUUCAUUUUAACAAAAAAGUAUUGAUAGAAAAACCUAGCUAGUGGUAGUGUUACACGAAUAACUCUCGACCUCAGGCUUCGGCCUGCGGUCUUAAAAACACCGUAACCACAAAAAAAAGACGCAUAAUCGAAAAAUUCUUAGCCAUAUUUCCUCCAAUAUAACACAACUAUUUCAUAAUAUUAUAUUUAGUUAUACCGUAAACAUGUCUCAGUGGAACAAUACUUACGCAUACAACAACCAAUACCAAGCCUGGAACGGUGAUCCCAAUGUCCAAUAUGUGAACCAAGGCUACUACCCCAACAGAGCGGACCAAGCUAAUCAGUAUGUGAGCUUUAAUGAAUUUCUUUCUCAAAUGCAAAACAAUGGAGCACCCAGUACUAGCAACUAUAGCAAUGUUCAAUAUGAAAACUACCCUACAGGUCAGUACAAUUACCAGAAUAUACCUACGACUGCCCAGAAUCCUCAAUUAGAAAAUUAUGGAUAUGCAGCACAAGCUUCCAAUGUUCCCAGUGGUUCAGAAUCCUACUCUAUGAACAUGCAAAGUCAAUAUACUCCAGUGGCAAACAAUCCUAAUAUGUAUACUAAUGCUAUGAUACUGAAAUCCAAUCUCACACCAACAGCCACUGAGUUUGUGCCAAAAAGUUCUAUGAUGAAACCUUCAGUUAGCACUCAGAACAUUCCUGAAUCUAGUACUGUAUGUGAUGAUAAUGAAUCUAGAAAUAAUUAUAGUAAUGUAAAUGAAACUAGGAAUCAAUACAAUAACUCUAACGGGUCUAGGAAUAAUUACUCCAACACAAGUGAACCUCGCAGUGUUGUUGGUAGUUCAUCUAACACAAACUGGAGAGAAAGGCCUCAGAGCUCACAACAGGGUAAUGAAACAAGCCACAAAACUGAAUCAUACCAACGCACACAAGAACCCACAAGAAAUCAAGAAUUCAAUGGCCGUCACCGAGAUAAUAGCCAUCGCAACAAUGAAUCUAAUGCAAGGCAGCAUGAUUCUAGCAGUCGUAACCAAGAUGCCAACAGUCGUAACCAUGAGGUAGAAUCCAAACAAUUUGAAUCAAAUGGGCGACAGCAGGAUUCUAGUAGCCGAACCUAUGAAGCCACCAACCGUAACUAUGAGAAUACAAGCAACAAAAGAGGCCAAGGAAAGUCUAAUUAUAAAGCAAAAUCUAAAGAUGACGCCCGCACCUUUUACAACAGUUCUAUAAGUAAAGACAGUCAAGAUGUGAGGAAUGGAAGAGGGGAAUCUUCUGGACGGGGAAAGAAUUGGGUGGGCACUCCUCGUCUCCGCGCAAUGGAACGAAACAGCACAGAAGAUGAGCAAUAUGCCAACACAUAUUUGCAAGAUAGAGCAGAUAGAAUGGAAAGAGAUAACAGGGACAGGGAUAGAGAUCAUCCAAUUAGAGAGAAAGAUGUGCGAGAAUCAAAUAGAGAUAGAGACAGGGGUGAUGUGCGAGAAAGGGAUAGAGAUAAAGAACGUGAUGUGCGUGAAAAGGAUAGAGAUAGGGAGCGUGAUAUACGAGACCGAGAUAGGGAAAGAGAAUUUCGCGAUCGUGAUAGAGAACACAGAGAGCGGGAAAGAGAACAUAGAGAAAGGGAGAGAGAAAAUAGAGAAAAGGAGAGAGAACAUAGAGAAAGGGAAAGAGAUAACAGAGAGAAGGAAAGAGCGUCUAAGUCUGAACAUGUUCCCAGUCCUGCUAGGUCUAAGGCACGAUUUUACAAUGAGCAAGUUAGCAAAGAAAUGACCCAACGCGAGCGUCUUACGGAACAGCUGGAUAAAGGAACGCUGGAAUGUCUAGUCUGCUGUGAACGAGUGAAACAAUAUGAUCCAGUUUGGUCGUGUAGCAACUGUUACCACGUCCUGCAUCUUAGGUGCAUACGAAAAUGGGCGAUGAGCAGCAUGGUCGAGGGUAAAUGGCGGUGUCCAGCUUGUCAGAACACAAACGAGACUAUACCGACGGAUUACCGCUGUAUGUGUGGGGCUGUGCGGACGCCCGAGUACCAGCGGGGCUCCGUUGGCGCCCACACUUGCGGGCGCUCCUGUCGCCGUCCGAGAUCCUGUCCCCACCCCUGCACGCUGCUCUGUCACCCGGGACCCUGUCCACCAUGCCAGGCUACUAUUAUGAAGUCCUGUGGUUGUGGCGCAGAGAACCGCUCAGUUCUAUGCAGCAGUAAGUUGCCACAAGUGUGCGGUCGCGUCUGUGGCCGUACCUUGGAGUGUGGCGUGCAUAAGUGUACCCAGAGCUGUCAUGAAGGGCCUUGCGAAACUUGCACUGAGACAGUGGAACAAGUGUGCUACUGCCCUGCCGCGAAGCGUCGGUCGGUGUCGUGCACGGCGGAGUGCGGGGGCGCGGCGCAGUGGUCGUGCGGCGCGGGCUGCGGCCGCGUGCUGGCGUGCGGCGCGCAUGUCUGCCGCGCGCCCUGCCACGCGCCGCCCUGCCUCCCCUGCCAACUGCUGCCCGACUACGUCACCACCUGCCCCUGCGGGAACACCAAGCUGCCUAAGGAUUCUCGCAAGAGCUGCACUGACCCAAUCCCGUUGUGUGGCAACAUCUGUGCGAAACCGUUGUCGUGUGGUCCGGCCGGAGACAAGCACUUCUGCAAGAUGAAUUGCCAUGAAGGUCCGUGCCCUGAGUGCCCGGAUAAGACAGUGUUGCAAUGUCGCUGUGGGCACUCUAGCCGCGAGGUGCCGUGUGUCGACCUCCCGCAGAUGUACAACAAUGUCCUCUGCCAGAAGAAGUGCAACAAGAAGUUGUCGUGCGGACGGCACCGCUGCCGCACGGUGUGUUGCGCGGCGACGUCGCACCGCUGCGCCGUCGUCUGCGGCCGCACGCUCGCCUGCCAGCUGCAUCGCUGCGAGGACUUCUGCCACACCGGACACUGCGCGCCCUGCCCCAGGUUCAGUUUCUCGGAGUUGUCGUGCUCGUGCGGCGCGGAGGUGUUGUUCCCGCCGGUGCGCUGCGGCACGCGGCCGCCGGCGUGCAGCGCGCCGUGCGGCCGGCCGCGCGCGUGCCGCCACGCCCCGCACCACGCCUGCCACGCCGGGGACUGCCCGCCCUGCGUCGUGCUCACCACCAAGCGCUGCCACGGGAACCACGAGGAAAGAAAAACAAUACCGUGCUCCCAAGAAGAAUUCUCAUGCGGACUUCCAUGCGGGAAACCCCUUCCUUGCGGCAAACACACGUGUAUCAAAACCUGCCAUAAGGGACCCUGUGAUACUGGCAAAUGCACCCAGCCAUGCAUGGAGAAGCGUCCGUCGUGCGGACACCCUUGUGCGGCGCCUUGCCACGUGGGCGCGAGCGGGGGCGCGGGGCCGAGUAGUAGCGGGGGCGCAAGUGGUAGCGGGGGCGCGAGUGGUAGUGGGAGUGGUCAGGCGACGGCGUGCCCUAGCUCUGCGCCCUGCCGCCGCCUCGUGCGCGCCACGUGUCCCUGCUCCCGCAGGCACGCCGAGCGUACCUGCGCUGACAACGCCAGGGACUAUGCCAAGAUGAUGAGCGCUCUGGCUGCCACCAAAAUGGCAGAGGGAGGUACAGUGGACGUGUCUGAAGUACAACGCCCCAGCAAUAUGCUCAAAACCUUGGAAUGCGACGACGAGUGCCGCGUAGAAGCGCGGACCCGUCAGUUGGCGCUGGCGCUGCAGAUCCGCAACCCCGACGUGUCGGCCAAGCUGGCGCCGCGCUACAGCGAACACGUCCGCGCCACCGCCGCGCGGGAGCCCGCCUUCGCUAACCAAGUCCAUGAAAAGCUCACUGAACUCGUGCAACUUGCUAAAAAGUCAAAACAAAAGACUCGUGCACACUCUUUCCCGUCAAUGAACCGACAGAAGCGUCAGUUUAUCCACGAGAUGUGUGAACACUUCGGUUGUGAGAGCGUUGCCUACGAUGCUGAACCCAACAGGAAUGUUGUAGCCACCGCUGAUAAGGAAAAGUCAUGGCUACCAGCAAUGAGCGUGAUGGAGGUGCUAGCUCGCGAGGCAGGCAAGCGUCGUGUCCCGGGCCCCGUACUGCGCGCCCCGCCCGCCGCCUCGACCUCCUCGGGGCCAACCUCCGGAACUGCACAAACCUCUAACUCUGCCUCUAAUAAAUCAUCAAGCGGCUGGGCGACCUUAACUUCAACGAACGCUUGGGCUGCUCGCAGCCAGCCAAAGCAGGCAAGCCAACCACAGCCAGCAGCCGAGAAAAUCGACUACUUCGACAACCCGCCCGAUAACUAGUCGACUAGCUCAAAUUGUAGCGUAGGUACGUACACUCAGUGCAUUUUAUACGCGACGUUUUCAUUAUUAUUUUUGCUCUAUCAACCUUUUAUUUUUGGGCAGGCGCCAUUUUGAUUUUGCUGUAUAACUAUUAAACAAAAACUUUAUUUAAGCAAUAGUCUAUGAAAGUUUUUUUUAAUAUUAUCAUGCUUAAUUUUAUGAUAUUGGAGGAAAAAAUCUGUGUAAUUAGAUAAGAAACAUGACAAUAUUCAUGAUAUUUAUUAGCUUUGCAUAAGACAGAUUUGUAAAUUAUAGUUACACUGCAACUGAUGCUGAUUUUGUUCAAUAUUAUAAUAACUUGCAAUUUUUGUUUGAUAUAAAUAAAGUUACAUUUGCUAUUGUCUUAUGAGCAAGUUCCUCAUAAAGUGAUCUCCCAGCUAUUUAUAUAUUUAUUUAGUCCUUUAGUGAAUUUAAUGCACACGGCUUUUUCUCUCCUUUUUAAUGCACUGAGUGUACAUCGACAGACAAUAGAGUCAAUUUUAUAAAUGUUUACUAUUCUUAUUGUAAUGUAAACUAUAUCAAAAUAUCAAAUAGGUAAUAAAUAUAAUUUUUAUGGGGCUAUUAACAUAUUGGGGUGGAUGGAAAGUCUAGUGAAUGGAAACAGUAAGUGAAUCAUAAUUAAAGGGACUAGCUGACCUUAUCAUACGUGUCAUUUACACCUAUCCUAUUAUCUCAGGUUAAAAGCCAUACUUCAGGAAAUAUUCUUAAAUUAUCAUUAUCGAAAUUGGUUCAGCUAUCCACGAGUUAUGCACUUAAAAACACAAACAACGAUUAUUUUUAUAUUAUUGACGAAUAAGGCAUGUCUUUAAUAAAAUAAUUUUACUUAAAUUAUUAGAUUAUUUAUGUUCAUGCAAUAUUAAGAUUGCAUUUUAACAUGUCCUUGACUUUCCAUUUACCCCAUUCUAACCAAUAAAUUCCAUUCGGCAUCUUAAUGGAUUUAUAGCGGAGGAGUGUCUGCUUUUUGCAUAAUUAAUACAAAAUUUAUAAAAAUAUUUAUGAAUAAUUCCAAAUUGUAUGUGCCUAUACACAAUCUAAAUGCCGUUCAAAUACCGAAUUAUCGCCUCAAGUCUUGAAAAUGUCAAUGACUGGCAAGUUUCAUUGUGUGUAGGCCUACUUAAAAAAAAUUAGCACAAAAUGUAAAGCACCUUAUAUUAAAAAGCUAGACCCCCUUUACCCAUCCUAAUAAAUCAGCAAUUGCUUCAAUCAUUUAUGAAACAUAAUUAAAUAUUUAUUCAAAGCACGCCCCACAAAUGACACUUCUAUAUAUUAUGUCUAUGUUUCAGAUAUUUACCUAAAUGUUUAGAAAUUAAUAUUCGUAUAGAUUCGUGUUACAGAUAUUGUUACCCGACUAUAGUUGUUUUUUUGCCUAUAUUUAUAAACAGCCUUAACCAGGCGUGGUAUUUUUUGUUAAGACCGCUGUCGUUAUAUUUAAUAUACCACGUACAAGUAAUUUUACUUGUAAUUUCUAUCCUACAGUCAAGCCCCAACAAACUAUAGUCGGGCUUUAGUUUUAAUAAAUGUCUAUGCAUGGAGCACCCAGUAAAUCUUAAAACAUAAUUCGUACAAUUAGUGAAACAUGGUUAAAAGAGACCUCUCUAUAUCUUUGUUACCAAAAUAUGGGAAGAUACCUGAUACGUCUGGUAGAAGUACAUUCUGACGUUAUCAAGCACUGGGAGCACCACGUAAGAAUACUCCUUAAAGCAUAUUCUGGAUAUUGUGAUAAAAUAAAAUACAAAAAAAAAUGUAUACUAGUUGAAUGUUUCAUUGUUUACAAGAUUUCCUAAAUGUUGUAAUUCCAGCCUUAACGAUGCACAUUUUGAUAGCUAUCAGAACAUUGAUAAGAUUUUUUUCAUUUUAACUGUUCAGAAACAUCGCAUUCAUAGAUUUUAAUACAUAAAGUAUACUAUUUAUAUGGCCAAAUAAAUGUUUAUAUAUAUAUAUUUAGACAUUUGUCGUAAACAGAUACAGAUACAGCAUUAUAUGUUACCACUUACAAUGUUUAAAACAUUAUACUUGAUGUUAUACUUAUUAUGUUCCUACCAUAUAUUUUUGUGAUUAUAUUUUUUGUUCUACUGGCCUUAGUCCGAUUUAAUUUGAGCAUAAAUAAUGACGGCAACAUUUUUCGAUUUCGAGAUCGCGAAUGAUGUAUUUUGUUGUUUUACUUAAUAAAUUCCUUAUCAACAUC